AUUAGUUGAACCUUUUGAAGCAUUUCUUCAUUCUGUUUUUGUUUUGAUUUUGCAUCCAUUGCAAUUUAAUUGUAAAUUUUAUGUAAAUUGUUGUUUAAUUGAUUUCAUUUUUACAGAUUUGCUCAGUAGCAAUUUUUGUUAAAAUGUCAAAUCGCUUGUGUAGUUUGUUUUCUCAAAUAAGUCUUCAAAAUGUAGCCAAAAUUUAUAAUGUGUCUCAACCUUCUAAUUGCCUAUUAAAUGUUAAAACUUGUUCACCAUCAUCUUUGUUCGACCAUCAAAAAAGAACCGGUGCUACCGUAAUUUUCAAAAAAAAUAUUGCUUAUCCGCGACGUUGCCCUGUUUUUAAAUCAAGACCAGGUCCUUUCAAAUACGUUUGGAAACCAAAUCCUCCUAAGGAUGGUGAAUACACACACAGGACAUUGAUAGCUACAAAGUUAGGGGGUCGAGACCCAGAAACUGGAAGAGUUGCUAUUAACACUAUUGGUGGUGGAGUUAGAAAAUUUUACCGUUGGCUCGAUCAUUCAUAUCUUGGCAAUGAAGGUGAAACUGUCCAAGAAAAAGUGUUUAGUGUUCGAUAUGAUCCAUGGAAUACUGCUUUGUUAGCCUUAGUAGCAAAUGGUGGAUUCAAAAGAUGGAUCAUUGCCUCUGAAAAUAUGAAACCCGGUGAUAUUAUUACUACGUCAAGAGUUAUGCCAAAAAAUCCAAUUUAUGCCAAGGAAGGCCAAAUGUGGCCUGUUGGUGCCUUAAGUCCCGGUACUCUUAUUCAUCGAAUUGAAAUUGUACCAGGUCAAGGAGCUAGGUUGGCUAUCGCUGCUGGUACUAGUGGAGAAAUUUUACGUCGAGCUGGUAAAAAAAUCAUUAUUAGGAUACCAAACGGUCAAGAAAUUGGAAUUGAUGAGUGGUGUAUGGCAAGUGUUGGCAGAGUUUCAAACCCCAACCAUUACACCGUUAAUACAGCUUGUACUGAAAGGAGAUUCUGGAAGGGUAAACGACAAAAUAAGGGAGUUAAAAUGCGAAAAGAUGGUUACUGUGGUCGUAAAUUGAGGCCUCCAAAGCCACUCAGAAUUGUAGAUGCUGCCCAGUUGUUACCUCAGAAAAAAGAACAGUUAAAGCUACGAACAUGGCAUUUUUCAUAAUAUUUGUACUUUAUUUUAAUUUGGAAAAGGUCAGUUAAAAUUAAUGAUCUCUGAUCAUAGGAUACAAUAUUAAAUUAAGAAACAGACGAUUGAAAACAAAAGCAGAAAGUAUUUCUUUUUUCAAUGUUAUGGUAGAAAAGAGAUCAAUUUAUGAAUCAUGAUUUACAUUUCAAUAUAGUGAAUUGUUGAUGUCAUUGAGUUUGGAGUAAUAUAAUAAUCAUAAAUAUUAAUUUAUUAGUUUAA